GAUAGCUCAGUCUGAAUGUGACACGCGAGAGGCACGGUUCGGGUAGUUGGCAUCGGUAUCGUUGCAUUGCGCUGUUGCAAACCACUAAGCACCCUUUUCACUGCCUUCGAGUAUCAAAGCUAUCACCAUUCAUCAAAGAUUGCCAAACGUUGAGUUAGAUAAUCCGGGGUGCAAGUGCGGAUCGGGCUCAGUCCUUCAAAUUUCGUAGACGAAAAAUAUCUUCGCCAAGUCUACAUCUAUCUAUAAAAACGAAUCGUUGCAAAAAAGUGGAAACGCGCGGGAAAAGAUGGAGUUCGAUCUCGGAUACGACCUUGACGAAGCAUUAAAGCGCGAAGCCCUAUGUAAGGAUGACUUACAGGCAUUGCGCACACCGCCCAUCGAAGGAGCUCCGUCGAACAUGACCGAUAAGCAGCUGGCCUGCUUUCUGGACGCGUGCAACAAAAACAUUGAACAAGCUAGAAAAGUCAUAAAAAUCUACUACGAUGCCCGACGGGAUGGACCGGAGCUGUUCCACGACAGGGAUCCGUUCAACCCAAAGAUUCAACAGUGCUUUGAUAACCAAGACUACUUCCCGCUUCCACCAACUCCCAGCGGAUAUUCCAUUGUUUACCACCGUCUAAACAAUCCGAAGGCUUCCAACUACAACUUCGACGAUGCAGUUAAGACGUACUUUAUGCUGCUGGAUUCCUGUUUAUACACGCAGGGACCCAGGCCUGGCUUGAUCUGCCUGUUCGAUAUGACCAACGUGGGGCUCACGCAUUUGCUCCGGGUUAAAAUCAGCACGGUGCGAAAGUUUUUCCACUAUUUGCAGGACGGGUUACCCGCGAGGCUGAAAGCCAUUCAUGUGUUGAAUGCCGUUUCCUUCUUCGAUAAAAUUCUUUAUAUUAUCAAACCAUUUAUCCAUGCUGAAAUCCUGAAGAUGCUUUUUCUGCACCCUACAAAUGCUAAUUUAACCAAAUUUUACGACGAGUGGAUUCCUCGCAGCUGUUUGCCGUCGGACUACGGCGGAGAGCUGAAAUCGGUGGCGGAACUGCACCAAGAGCACAUCGGGAAAUUCGAAUCGCUGCGGUCCUAUUACCUGGCUGAAGAGCACCAGCGCAACGGAAGCUCUGAGUUGAUAGAAGAAACGAAAGCCAGAAUGAAAUCACUGGAAAUAGAUUAGCAUUUUUAUACCGUUUAAGCAAAUGCAGAUUUCGAUCUGAUAACAGUUGCAAUUAAAGCUUGCCGUUCAUCAGGUGACCAUGUUUGAGAUGAAAAUGAUAUGAAGAACCAUUUGCACUGAACUUGAACGAAAUAAUGUGAUAUUAAAUGGUAGCAUUAUCCCUUAUCCUGAUCCGAUUUUGAACCAUAUUUUACACCUAAAUAUUUUAUUGAAAUUUGGGAAAUGUUCAAUGGUUGCCUUACAUCCGCUCAAAAAAAAAUGUUGAAAACUAUCAAGUAAGCAUUGGUUUCCGGGUUAAAGUAGGUAGGGAACAAUAAUAGAAAUAAAAACAAAUCUAAAGUCUACAUCAAA